AAUAAGUCCAUCAGUGAAAUGUCCUUGCUACUAAAUAUUCCACGGUCAACUGUUAGUGGUAUUAUAACAAAGUGGAAGCAACUGGGAACAACAGUAACUUGGCCACGAAGUGGUAGACCAAGUAAAAUGACAGAGCGGGGUCAGCACAUGCUGAAGCGCACAGUGCACAGAAAAAUCACCAACUGUCUGAAGAAUCAAUAGCUAAAGACCUCCAAAUCUUAUGUGACCUUCAGAUUAGCUUCAUGGAAUGGGUUUCCAUGGCAGAGCAGCUGCCUCCAAGCCUAACAUCACCAAGUGCAAUGUAAAGCGUCGGAUGCAGUGGUGUAAAGCACGCCGCCACUGGACUCUAG